CUUUGUGUCAAGAUUGAACUAACGGGACACAAAAUAUGUUCUUGUUCUGGCUCUCAGUCUCUUUGCCAACAACUAUGGUAUCAGGACUUGGUCGGAUGAGUACAAACGAUUUGCAUGCUGUAAACUUUGUGGCAGAGAUCAGAGGACGUAAGCUUGUUGGGCGGGUUAUCGAAGAGACAAAAGUGGAUUCAGAAGACACAUGCCAGUGGCAAUGUGUAGACGAAAGCCGUUGUCUGUCUUACAACUUUGGACCGGCGGAAGAUGGGAAGAUAUUUAAAUGUCAGCUAAGCGACUCUGAUCGAUUUGCUGCGUUAGAAAAUUUUAUUCAAGAGGACGAAUUUUCCUACAGGGGAAUACAGAGUGCUUGUGAGGAAGACAGUUUUCAAUGCGGCAAAAAAGGAAUCUGCAUUCCCAACUAUAAAGAUGGCAGCGUACGAUGCAAAUGUGACGAUGACUAUACGGGAAAACCCUGCAAAGCGAGAAGCUGCUCUCAGCUAUUCCAAGAUGGUCUCAAUUCGAGUGGGGUGUUUACCGUCAAUCCAGAUGGCGGCAAAGCAAUACAAGUGUUGUGCGAUAUGAAAACGGACGGUGGAAGUUGGACCGUUUUGCAAANAAGAGCUAUUCGGCGCAAUAUUCAGAAUACUUCUUAA